UCUAUUUCUCUCUCUCUCUCUUCCAACCCAAAAAAACCUUAAACCCUGACCGCCAUGGGAACUCCAGAAACUUCUCGGCAGCCGUGCCCGGACCGAAUCCUCGACGACGCCGGAGGAGCCUUCGGGAUGGGCGCCAUCGGAGGAGGCGCGUACCACUUCUUCAAAGGAAUCUACAACUCGCCCAGGGGAGCGCGUCUCUCCGGCGCGUCCCAGGCCAUCCGGAUGAACGCGCCGCGCGUGGGAGGCGGCUUCGCCGUAUGGGGCGGCGUCUUCUCCACCUUCGACUGCGCGUUGGUCCACAUUCGGAAAAAAGAGGACCCUUGGAACUCGAUCAUCUCCGGCGCGGCCACCGGCGGCUUCCUCCAGAUGCGUCAGGGGCUCGGCGCGACGGCGAGGUCCGCCGCCGUGGGAGGGAUGUUUUUGGCCCUAAUCGAAGGCGCCGGGAUCAUUGUGGGCAAGUGCAUGGAGCAGAAACAGAAUGAGAUGGCGAUAGCUGCUGGUAUGCACGGUCUGCCUGGACCGGAGGCGGUUGGGUCGGAUGGAAGCUCCUCCGGUGGUUCGUGGUUGGGAGGGUGGUUUGGGAAAGGCAAAGAGGCUGAGGCGGCCGGCAGCGGAAGCGAGACGAAGGUUCUGGAGAGUUUUGAUGCGCCUCCGGUGCCGAGUUUUGAGUUCAAGUGAUAUGUGGAGGGCUGAUUAGAAAGGUUAGAAAGUAAUUGUAAUUAGGAGGGUUGGAAUUGAACUGAGGGAUUCGGGGAAGUUGCAUUGUGAGUUUAAGUGAUCUGGGUGGUUUUUAUUAGAAAGGUUAGUAAUUGUAUUUAGUAGGGUUGGAAUUGAACUGGGGGAUUUGGAGAAGUUGGGAAAUUUGAGGUUUUUAUUGGUAAUUUUGGAUUUAACCAGAUGUUUUGUUUAUGUCCUAUCUUUUAUCUAUCUUUAACUAAUCCUCGUACUAUUAUAGGUGUAUUAUA